CAGAGGAGCUCAGCUGAGUGAAACCAAAGAAACUCUUCGGAGACAAUAGAUCGUCCAAAACGGGAUAUUUUGGCUGGGGGGUUUUGUCUUGGGGCUUUGCCACCCAAGCAAGGAAACCAUGGAACACUACCCUGAUCAGCAGGCUUGUGAUGGCAUGGAGCUGCUCGACUGGCUGUUUGAUCAAAACGACGGCAUCCUCCGGCACGACCAAGCGGGACAACAAGAAGCAGGCAACCAGCAGCACAACUGGCCAAUGCAGGAGCCAAAUAUGCUCCAGCUGGCUGAGCAGGCCGACGCCGACUUCCUCAACGCGCUCCUGAGUGGGAGCGAUUCUAUGUUGGCCCCGUCGCCCAGCGACAGCGGGAUCAGCGAGGACCCACCCUCGGACCAGAUGGAUAGCCCCCAGCGACCCGAGAGCCCCCCCGGCGAUGCUCGCCGUUUCAGUCUGAGGACGCAAAGCAAAGCAGCCUUGGAAGCCCGAGUCGCCGUCAAGUCCGAUGGCUGGGAGGCCGAGUUCCCCACAGAAAAAAUGAGAGCGCCACAAUAUCCUUCGGAUGUAAACAGAGUGCAGCCGUCCUCUGGCUUGCCGCUGACAGUUAAGGGUCUGCUGCUGUCUGGCACGGCCGAGCUGCCCCCACAACCAUUCCAGCAGUCCAUUCAAGAACUGAUUCUCAAUGAAGACGAGAAGAAGCUCCUGGCCAAAGAGGGUGUGACUCUUCCCUGCCAACUGCCGCUCACAAAGCAUGAAGAAAGAAUCCUGAAGAAAAUACGCAGAAAGAUUCGCAAUAAGCAGUCGGCCCAGGAGAGCCGCAAGAAAAAGAAAGAGUACAUUGAUGGACUGGAGAGCAGGAUGUCGGCAUGCAACGCACACAACCACGAGCUGCAGCGCAAAGUGUCCCAGCUUGAAAAAUGCAACAUGUCGCUAAUGGAACAGUUGCGCCGGCUCCAAGCUCUGGUUAUGAAUACAUCUAACAAGCCAGCCCAGACUGGGACAUGCGUGCUGGUGCUCCUGCUGUCCUUCUCCCUAAUCCUCAUUCCCAGCCUCAAGCCCUUUGCCGACACCAAAGUCAGCCAAGGAGACUUCAGUCCAGUGAGAAGCUGUCUUGUAGUCCAAUCACGGUCCCUGCAGAACCUCCAGGCGUCCCGGGUGCUGCACGUCGACGACCCUCCGUUGUCGACCGGAGACAAAUCGGAGCAUGCGCAUUUCCUGGAAAAAUCGGGAUUGGAAAUCACCAGCCUGAUGGGUAACAUGAAGCUGAAGCAAGAACUGGACGCCGUGUCCCCAAACAGCAGUCGGGAAGAAAGCCUGGGUCAUUUCCACCUGGACCCCAUCACGGGCCACGUAUCCACCGUCACCUUGGACCCGAAACGGUCCGCCGGUCUCCCGCCGAACGCCGACGACAUGUAGAACAAAUUGUCCUCAUCAAUCAGUCGUAAUCAAGUUGUCAUGACCAUGUUUUGUAUCAGUGACUGUUAAAGUGAAAUUGCCUGUCAGCUUUUGAUAGAAAACCAGCGUGAUGUAGGAGUGGUGGGGCGGUGGGAGGGCAGCAAAUAGAGCGGCAACACUGUGAUCUCAGUGGAUAAUUUGUGAACUAUUAGUAACGAUUUGGAAAGCGCGCUUGCAUUGAUGGAGAAAAAUAACCUGCAAUAAAAAGAUAGUAUACGAUGCCAGAAA